AUGGAUUAUGCUCUAAUAUUUUCAAAUCCCGGUCAGCAGAAAAAAACCUUAAAAUCAAAUGCCUUGCCACGACCUGUUGUUAUCGUGAACGACGACAAUCAGAAUGACAAUUUCGGAGCAGAACCUUGUGUUGCAAAACUGGAUGAAUUGGAAACUCCACUAUUCAAACAAACACGAGAGACAGGGUUCAUGGAGGAAAGUGUGGUUCUUGUUGAUGAGGCUCAAUUCAUUGACAUCGAAAUGCUGGAGGAACAGUGGAGCCCAGCAUUGCAAAAUGUACAGCCUUGUGAAGAAACUGUCUAUGAGAAACCAAUUGUGUGUGAUGCAUCUACUCAAGUUAAUUUUUUUCAUCGUGAUCAAGGAACUCAGACUGAAACUUUUUCUAUCUCUACCCUGUUCAAAAUUGAUCCAGAACUCAAUGCUUUCACUGGUAUUAAUUCCUUCGCAUUUUUAACUGUUUUGAUCAACUGUAUCAGCACUCUGCGAGUCAAUAUGAAGAAGACUGAAGGUCAUUUCUCUCUCAACAUUAAAGACAGAAUAAUAAUGACAUUAAUGGAAUUAAAAUUGAAUCUUCCAUACGUAUGUCUGUCAGUUUUAUUUCAAGUUACAGCGAACACGUGUAAGAAUAAUUUCAUAAUGACACUCAACGAGCUCUGUCUUCUUUUAUCACCUAUCAUUAGAUGGCCUAGCAAAAGCGAAAUACGUCAAAAUAUGCCCACAUGUUUUUCUAAGUACAAAGACACCAGAGUGGUGUUAGAUUGUACUGAAGUUCCAAUUAAAAGGACAAAGUGUUUGAAAUGUCGAUUAGGCACAUAUUCAAACUACAAGGGAACCCAAACAUUGAAAUUUUUACUUGGUGUGACACCAUCUGGCUUAACUUCUUUUGUUAGUAACGCUUUUGGAGGGCGAGUUUCUGAUAAACAAAUCGUUGUGAAGAGUCAGCUUCUGGAAAAAAUGAUUCCUAACAAUGAUAGUGUAAUUGUAGACAAAGGAUUUAUUAUUGAUUGCGAGUGUGCUGCAUACCGAACUGAAUUGAUACGACCACCUUUUUUACGUAAGAAGAAGCAAUUUUCAAAAGCUGAAGCCGAAGCCACUGCCCCAGAUCGCAGCUGCACGUGUGCACGUAGAGAGGGCUAUUCAAAGACUGAAGAUAUUUCAGAUUUUGCGAGAACCUUUGCCACAACACUUAACAAAGCUAAGUCAUCAAAUAAUGAAAGUUAUCAGUGGACUUGUGAAUCUUAGCCAGCCAAUUUUGUCUGCUGAUAAGUUUGCUCGACCUAGAAACUGAGGAGUAACAUAAGCAACCGUCAUCUUGAUCUAAUAAUG